AUGGACGGCAUCCAACCAGAACCGAACGGUGCCAACUAUCACGCUCGUGUCGAAGACGCACCAGAAGAUGGUGCAGGCGGCCACAGCGAGAUGCCCAACAACAACAUCAUCAACAAUGCCGAAGACGUGCCUCCAGCAGCACCACUGAGCAUGAGUCUCACAUUCCGAGACCAAACCGACUUCGCCCUCACUUUCAAGCUCAAAGCCACAACUCGCCUAGGCAAAGCAAUGAACCACUUCUCGGCCAAGGCGGAGAAGGCUCCCAACACUCUCCGCUUCUUGUUUGAGGGCGAUCGUAUCAAUGCUGAUAGCACGCCUGCGGAUGUUGGUCUGGAGGAUGGCGAUGUGGUUGAGGUGCAUAUGGAGCAAAUUGGGGGUGGCAAUGUCUGA